AUGCUACGCAGGCAUCAGAAGUGGCCGCCAAGCUCUUUUAGUUCCCUUUCCGAAGUACAGCAGCAGCAGUUCUUCGUGGCUUGCCAAAAACAGAAGGAGGAAAGCAAGAAGAGCAUGUUUUCCUACAAGUCUAUCAGAGACACACUGAUCUCAAGCCUUGCAGAAGAAAAGAUAAAUCAAAAGAAGGUGGAGACCGGAGGAACGUACCUCCCGGUCUCGGUAUACGAGGCCCGGGGGUACAAGUGCGACGAGGGGUUCAAGGCCAGGAACCCAAAAAUGUGGUCCUAUGGACUGAACGAGUGGACGUUCCUGUUGGCGGAGACAUCCGUCAACGAGGCCGAGAUCAAGAACACGAUCGAGCGGCAGAUCGUAGAAGCUGAACGGCAGGUUCGAAAGAGGAAGGCAGUGGAGGUGGAGCCUCAUGAGGAGAUCGCGAACGCAGAGAAAAGAUCUACCGUCACGGACAAGACUGAGGUUUUGGACUUGAUCUCUGACUCUGAGGAUGAAGGCGCAGAAGCAAAGGGAGCUGCAAAUAAGAAGCUCACUCCAAAGCAGCUUGAAGCGAAGAUGAAGCGCGAAGCAGACAAGAUUACCAAAGAAGAAAAGGCAGCCAGUCAGAAGGAGGAGUCUCAUCGAAAGAGACUUUUGAAAGCUGUGACAAAAAAAACGGUUUCCCUGAGCUCCAAGUUGUCAAUCCCCUUGGCAGAAGCUUUGCACAAGGCCAGUGACGUGAUGCAAAAGGCAAUUGCAGAAGGACUGGAAGAGCAUGACCAUGUGAAAUCUUUCAAAGAUGAGAUGAAAGUGAUUGAAGAGUACAAGGUGAAGUGCACCCAGGCCUUGGCGUUUUACUCAAAGAACCCCAACUGCGAGUUGAGCAGUCUUCCCUUUGACAAUGAGAAGCAGGUGACGACCAUGCUCAAAGACCUUGCUAAAAAGGGAAGCGACAUCAAGAAGAACAUCAGCCAGGCACGCAAGAACAAGAAGUGA